AUGGAAGCCGGGUCGAAUAUCAGAGAACCUAUCGCUGUUGUUGGAUCUUCCUGUCGUUUUCCAGGAGGUGCUUCGUCCCCAUCAAAGUUAUGGACGCUCCUCAAGCAGCCGCGUGACGUCCUUCGCGAUAUCCCCAAGGAGCGCCUGGGACUUGGCGCUUUUUACCAUGAAGAUGGCGAACACCAUGGCUCUACUAAUGUCAUCGCCAAGGCCUACCUGCUGGAAGAGGAUCCUCGAUUAUUUGACGCAUCAUUUUUCAAUGCAAACCCAAUGGAAGCAGAUGCAAUGGACCCACAGCAACGCCUGCUCCUCGAGUGUGUCUACGAAUGCGUGGAAAGCGCUGGGUAUCCCAUUGACAGAAUGCAAGGAAGCGCUACAUCGGUGUAUGUCGGCUGCAUGACAAACGACUACAGCAAUAUCCAGACGCGAGACUUGGAGAUAAUCAACCGAUAUCACGGUACUGGUGCAACUCCGAGCAUUCUCUCAAACCGCAUCAGCUACUUCUUCGACUUUCAAGGGCCGUCAGUAACGAUGGACACCGCCUGCUCAUCAUCCCUGGCGGCGCUGCAUUUCGCGGUGCAAUCCCUUCGUAGUGGAGAGUCGUCGUUCUCAAUUGUUGGUGGCGUCAAUCUGAUAUUUGAUACAGCGCCGUACGUUUCCGAGAGCAAAUUACAUAUGCUCUCUCCAACAUCACGAUCACGUAUGUGGGACGCCUCAGCGGAUGGAUACGCUCGCGGUGAAGGUGUCUCGGCCCUAAUGCUGAAGACACUUUCUCAAGCGCUGAAGGACGGCGACCAUAUCGAAUGCAUCGUUCGGGAAACUGGCAUGAACUCAGAUGGCAGAACGACUGGCAUGACUAUGCCCAGUGGAGACGCUCAGGCCACCCUCAUUCGACAAACUUAUGCACGUGCCGGCCUCGAUCUGCGAUCAAAAAGCCAGCGACCUCAAUACUUCGAGGCGCAUGGUACAGGCACUAUGGCUGGCGAUCCUCAGGAGGCCCGUGGUAUCUACAAUGCGUUCUUCGCGGACGCCUCAGACGACGAUGUUGCAGACGAGGACGACGAGAAACUAUUUUGUGGCUCGAUCAAGACCGUGAUCGGACAUUUGGAAGGCUGCGCUGGUCUCGCCGGGCUACUCAAGGCUUCACUCGCAGUGCAGCAUGGAAUUGUUCCGCCGAAUCUGUUGUUCGAACAGUUAAAUCCAGACAUUCAGCCGUACUAUGACCGACUCCAGAUACCCACAGAGGCACUCCCGUGGCCGUCAACAAUGUCGCCACGACGCGCAAGUGUGAACAGCUUCGGGUUCGGCGGCACCAACGUUCAUGUUAUAAUCGAGCAGUACAUUCCUCAACCUGCGUCAGCUCCAGAGAUCAUCAAGCCGCCAUCUGACGAUGGGGACAUCUUUGCUGGACCAUUACUGCUAUCAGCAUGCACUGGAUCGUCGCUGGCAGAGAACGUUGCCCAAUUGGCCGAGAUGCUGGACAACAAAGCGCAUAACGUUCACCUCGACGACCUCGCCUUCCUUACACAGACGCGUCGUACCACGUUUCCCCACCGCAAAUUCUUCCCAGGAGGAUCCCAAGAGGAACUCGUCGAAGCCCUACGAGCGACUUGCUCGAUGCCUCCCUCUGAGGUUGGAAUGCGGGCACCUACUAAACUCAAAUGGCAUGAUCCCGGAAUUCUCGGGAUAUUUACUGGCCAAGGAGCGCAAUGGGCCGCCAUGGGGCGGGACAUGAUCCACCGAUGUCAUGCUUUUCGUGCAAGCCUGGAGAUCUGCGAAGCUGCGCUCCAGAGUCUUCCUGACGCCCCUUCUUGGUCAAUGAGGGAAGAGCUGCUGAAAGAGCAAUCGAAUUCGCGGCUCCACGAAGCUGCACUAUCGCAACCCCUCUGCACGGCCAUCCAAAUCGCCUUGGUGGACACUCUCGCAACUGCUGGCAUAUUGUUCCGAGGUGUUGUAGGACAUUCUUCCGGAGAAAUAGCUGCCACAUAUGCUGCUGGUCUAUUGACAAAGGAGGACGCAAUGCGCGUUGCGUACUACCGCGGUGUCCACGCUCGCCUGGCUAAAGGAGAGCAAGGGCAACGAGGAGGGAUGCUGGCCGUCGGACUCGGCAUCGAUGAUGCGGAGGCUUUCUGCAAAUCUUUUGAGGGUCGACUAAGUGUAGCCGCCAGCAACUCCCCAACCUCUACUACACUUUCCGGCGAUGAGGAGGCCAUCAAGUCUGCAAAGACAUCUUUGGAUGAAAAGGGCACAUUUGCUAGGUUGUUGAAAGUCGACACAGCUUAUCAUUCAGUUCAUAUGCUUCCUUGCGCUGAACCCUACCUUCGAUCAUUGGAGGCAUGCAACAUCCAAGUACAGCCCGCAAACAACGAAUGUAUCUGGAUCUCAUCAGUCCAUGGUCAUGCUGAGCUGCUUGAUGACCCAGAAGAUCUUGCAGUGCUUGCAGGUCAAUAUUGGGUGGACAACAUGUGCCAACCAGUUCUGUUCUCCGAAGCCGUGCAAUGCGCGCUGUGGCGGGCCGGACCCUUCGAUCUAGCUGUGGACGUCGGUGCUCAUCCUGCUCUCAAGGGACCUGUUACACAGACCAUUACAGCCGCUCUAGGUGUCAACUCAUCCGUCCCGUACACUGCGACGCUACAGAGAGGUCACAAUGACGUACAAUCGUUCUCUGCCUCUUUGGGAUCAAUCUGGACAAGCUUGGGCACUUGGGUCGACUUCAACGGCUGGAGGAAAGCAUAUCUCGGACCAGACUCGCCGCACGAGGCUAAGGUUCUCAAAGGCCUGCCAAGCUAUAGCUGGUCUCAUGAAAACAUCUUCUGGAAAGAAGGUCGAACUUCCAGUCGCUAUAGACUGGCAGAAAAGCCACCGCAUGAGCUGCUGGGCAGACGUGCAGCUGACGAUUCGGAAUACGACAUGCGCUGGCGCAACGUAUUGAAGGUGAAUGAGCUGCCAUGGACUCGUGGGCACGUAUUCGGAAAAGCUCUUCUGUUUCCCACUACGAGUUACAUCGCCCUCGCUCUGGAAGCGGCCGUUGAGAUUGUGGGACUCAAUCGAAUCAAGCUCAUCGAGGUCUAUGACAUGGUAAUACCUCGCGCUUUGGUCUUAGAGGAUAACAACAAUGGUGUAGAGAUGGUUUUCGCCGUACGGCGGCGUCAAGCAGUCAGCGAUGGUAUCACCGUUGAGGCUGACUUUACCUGCUCCAGCAGCGUGAACGGAGGCGCUUUGGAGACGAAUUGCAGUGGGCGCCUCGUCAUUGAACUUCUUUCUCCUACCACAGAUAACAAUGAGGACGCUCCUCUGAUGCCAGCACGAUGUCCUUCGCGCUCGGGCACGACAUACAUCGACGGAGAAGCAUAUUACCAGGCUAUUCUCAGGACAACAGGACUGGACUAUACCGGCCUAUUCAGGGGCAUGAAGCAGAUUCGUCGGACCCAAGGCUUCUCCAGCGCAGCAGCGUCUUGGCCGGCCGAAGAUGUUGGUAACCGCUACCUUGCCCAUCCGGGCGUCUUGGACGUGGCUCUACAGGCAAUCCUGGCCACUGUUGUCAACCCGACACGGAUUCCAAUUCGAGGCUCAUGGUUACCUUCUGCAUGUUCACGUCUCACAUUCGACCCUCGCGCAAGCUUUGUCACAGCCGACGGCAAGAACGUAGCCAUCGAAUCAGACUGCUUCCUCACAAAGAACACAGCUCGGUCAGUGGAAGGCGACAUCCAUGUGUUUGGGCCUUCCGGUCAAUGCAUACUUCAGACUGAGGGCUUCAGAAUGGACAACUGGAUUGGUUCAAGUGCUGAGAAGGAUCGACCUGUCUUCUCACGCAUCGAAUAUAGUUCAGACUUGUUCUAUGCAGUCAGCAGUGGUCUCCCUGAACUGAUACCCGACGAUGCUGAGCUACGACUUAUUGAGGCCAUCAAUCGAUCAUGUGUCUACUAUUUACGGAGCUUCUUCUCCACGGUAUCCGAAGCUCACAUAGCUGAGUGGAGCUGGGAUCGUCAAGCCUUCUGCAAAGUUGCAAGGAGAUUACUGCAGCAGACAGCAGACGGUCAGCACCCAGUGGCGCUCAAAUCAUGGUUGAAUGACAGUGCUGCGCUGAUAGAGGGCUAUAAACAGGAUCCGGCCUUCAAAAACCAACCGGACAUGAUGGCAAUCCACAUAGCGGGUGAGCACCUGGCGAAGAUCAUGUCUGGAGAGGAGCGUGCCUUGGAGCUAUAUAUCCGCGAAGGCGUGUGGGCUCCGUUGUACUCUCACGGUCGCUUCCAAUCGCAGUUGAAUCACACCAUUGCCGGCCUAGUGCGGGACUUCGCCCACCGAUAUCCACGCGCACACUUUUUAGAGGUGGGUGGAGGUAGCGCUGGCACCACCCUAGGUGUCCUGAACAAGCUUGAGGAUGCGCUUGGUCAAUACACGUUCACCGACAUCUCCGCCGGCUUCUUCGAGAAGGCGCGAGAACGACUGGCUCAGACAUCUGCUGCCGCUGCAGAUCGAGUGGUGUACAAGGUCCUGGAUCUCGAGGCCGACCCUAUGGAGCAGGGGUUUGAAGCAGAGUCUCAGGAUGUUCUCAUUGCGAUCAACGUCUUGCAUGCCACAGCUGACAUCAAGAAGUCGAUACAGAACGUGCGGCGUCUGCUGAAGCCUGGAGGAUGGCUUUUCAUGAUGGAGGUGACCAGCGAGUAUCUUGAGGGUACGCUACUCAUGGGCCCACUAGAAGGCUGGUGGCUGGGUAACCGUGAGGGAGCCGCUAAUCAGCCUGGUUUGAAGCUCCAAGCAUGGGAUCAGAUACUCCGGGAGACUGGUUUCACCGGUGUGGACAUGCACCAAAGUGAUAUUCCGGAUUCUGUGCAGCAUGCCGUCUCAGUGAUCGUCUCACAAGCCUCGGAUUUGCGUGUCGAAAUGCUGCGCGAGCCUCUGGAGUUCCUGGAUGAGAUUCCUGUUGCCGAUCAAGUGUUGAUCAUCGGAGGACGAUCCCUAGCCUUGUCGAAGACGAUCCGUACUAUCUCUACAUCCGUAUCACGCUUUGCUGGACGGGUCCAGGCUGUUUCGAGCGUUGAUGAUAUUGACCCAGAUAUUCACCUCUCGCGCCCGACUGCUGUCAUCGCGCUCUGCGAACUGGAGAAGACAUUCUUCGCCGAUCCUGUGACUGAGACACGACUAAAAAGGCUCCAGGCACUUUUCGCCAACGCCACUGAUAUGCUAUGGGUCACGACCGGCCAUUUAGACGUCCAGGAUCCCUCUGCUGCUAUGAUGGUCGGCCUUUGUCGAACUCUGGUCGUCGAGUUGGAGCACAUCAAUCUCCAAUUCUUGAAUACCACCACCAAAGGCACACGGCCAUCUGACGCUCGCCUCAUUCUGGAAGCUUUCGUCCGCCUAAGACUUGGUGCCUCGGAAGGAUUCUCCAAAUCGCCCAUGUUGUGGUCGAAUGAGCCUGAGUUGACAGUCUCAGCUGAAGACCAGGUCUUAAUCCCACGUUUGAAGCCAGACUCCGAGCGCAACGACCGACUCAACUCCGCUGAGCGUCACAUUACUAAGACUGUGACUACCAUCGACAAGUGGGGCCCGCAGUAUACAGCUGUUCCUCACGAUGGCCUCGUCCAAAUCCAAGAAGUCGCGCCGUGGGUGACUGCUGCAAAGCGACAACGUCUACUUCAAUCCGAGUACACCAUGAUCCAGACGGCCUUGUCAGUCUCGUUGCCUCAUUGCACAUCAGCAGUGCUUCUCAUUGGAUACGAUCAAGAGCAGCGGCAGGUCCUAGCACUGACGCAUGCGCACACAACAAAUGCUCCCGUUCGGGCCGACUCUGUCAUACAUCUCAAGACCGGCAUCCCUGGCACCACACAGCAGCUGCGAGCCAGUGCGGACUUGGUCGUGGCCAAACACAUUCUGGCAGCGAUCCCACCUGAAGCCUCGCCGCAAGAGCGUAGGGUCAUCAUACACGGCGUCGAGGCAACUCUGGCCAGCAAAGUAGCACAAUUGGCUAAAGGACAGAAGCGCAUUAUCUUCACUGAGUCAAGCGCCAGUGCCGAGUCAAUCAUUCCCAACGCCAUUCGUCUGCACCCGCGAUCGUCAGAUCACAUCUUGCGACGCAGCCUCCCGUCAGACAUCAGCUACGUAGUGGCUGUUGGCAAUCGUGAUGGCGUGGCAAAGAAGCUGCUGUCCAUGUUCCCUGGUGAUACACUGAAUCUGGACGGCACGGUUUCAAAGGGCGAGGCACUGCCGCUUGCAGGACUGGAAAGUCUCCUAAUGGACAUAUACGCUUCCGACCAGCACAACGACCACAACACUGAGAUGACAGGCAUCGAAGCCAUCGUGCCUGCCCAUGUCUUGCCUCAUACUCCAGCCUCCUCGCUGAGCUUCCCUGCCGUGGUAGACUGGUCUGUCGACGUUGAACAUUCACUGCAGAUCACUGUUAAUCCUAUCCAUGGCCAUGGGAUGUUCUCGCCUGACAAGUCCUACCUCAUGGUCAGCUUAGUAUCGACUUUGGGCAGGUCGAUCUGUAGGUGGAUGGUUGAAAAUGGUGCGCGCCACAUCGCCUUAGCAAGUCGUAGUGCCAACGUUGAUCCACAAUGGCUGGAAGAGAUGGCUCACCUUGGAGCAAACAUCCGUGUCUACCGAAUGGACGUUACUGACAAGAAGUCGGUUCAGAGCACAGUCGCCACUAUUCGUGCUGAAAUGCCGCCCAUCGUAGGCGUAGCGAACGCCGCACUCGUCCUUCGAGAUCGCCAGUUCUUGGACAUGGAGCUCGCCGACAUGACCGAAGUGUUAGCACCCAAGGUCGACGGGUCAUUCAAUUUGCACGAGGAGUUCCAAGAUCCUGAGCUUGACUUCUUCAUACUCUUUUCGACUUUAUCUUGUGUCAUCGGCAAUGCCGGUCAAUCCAAUUACGACGCAGCUUCUCUCUACCAGGUCAUGCUUGCGAAGCAGCGGCGACUGAAAGGACUUCCUGCAUCCGUCAUGGAUUUGGGGUGUGUCGCAGAUGUUGGAUACGUUGCAGAAAGGGGCCAAGCACUUUUUGACAAGCUUGCGCGCACCAUGAAGCUACCAUUGGCUGAGGCAGAUAUGCAUCAGAUCUUUGCUGAAGCCGUGGCGGCUAGUCCUGUAAGGGAAGGGGAAGUUGUUGAUUCCACUACUGCUGAACUCGUGACCGGAAUGGGAUACUACAAUUACAGCCCUAACACUCCCAGUGAAGCACACCCUCCGUGGUUCAACAAUCAGCUCACCUCUCACUUCGUAAGAGAAGAUCGUGCUUCCAACACGAUAGCCAGUGCAGCAGACGGUGAUAACAUGUCAGUAGUCGCCCAACUGGAUGCGGCGACUUCUGAUGGCGAAGCGGCAGCCGUGCUCACGAGAGCCUUGGCGUCCAGAAUCGAGACAAUGCUACAGAUGGCCUCUGGCAGCUUCAAUGUCGGGGUAUCUUUGCUUGAUGUGGGAAUCGACUCACUCCUGGCAGUUGAGCUACGUACCUGGUUCUUGAAACAGGUACACGUUGAUGUGCCCGUCCUGAAAAUCCUCAGCGGAGACAGUGGUGAGGCCGUUUGCAUAUUUGCAGCAAGUCAGUAUCUCGCAGAGAAAAGUAAAGUCGGCACUGGAACGUCUUCUGGAGCUGCAGAUGCGGGCACGGGCGUGCACCAAGAAGUGGCAGGACAAGAUACUUCGUCCUCCGAAGAUGGCUUGCCUUCAUCCACCUCGGGUGCAAGCGAUGCGGGAGACUCUGCUCUGGCAACGAGCGUCAGUACAAUGGAAGUCAAGGAUAAGGAGAACAAUCACGAAGAACAGACACACAUGCCUCUUAGUAUGCAAGAGACCGGGCCCAUGACGCGAGCUCAGGCGAGAAUGUGGGUUGCCGACCAAAUGACAUCAAAUCACGCCCAAAACAAUAACGUGCUCACCUACGACUUGCAUGGUCUUGUACACGUUGCCCGUCUCCGUCGAGCAGUCGCGACUGUUGUUUCCCAUCACCCAGGGUUGCACACCUGCUUCUUCCAGGACACUACCAAUGCACCCCGACAAGGCGUACUUGAAGCUUCAUCAGACCGCUUCAAGCACAUCCCAUCCAGUAGUGACAGCAUACAGACUGUUGAAAGAAUGCGAGAAGAGCUGAGCUCUCGAAGAUGGCGGCUUGAUCGAGGCGAAGCGCUCGAGACCAUCCUUAUAUCCCACACAAGCGAUGAGCACACGCUGCUGAUCGGGUUCCACCACAUCGCCAUGGACGGAUCGAGUUGGCCGGUCUUCUUCCGAGAUCUUGACUUGGCUUACCAAGGCGUGGCUCUUCAAGCUCCUGCCAAGUCAUUGAUCGAUAUAGCCAAGCAACAGGCUACUCGCUCAGCCAACGCAUCCGAUACCUUCUGGCAAGUGCAGUUCUCAUCGGCUUCUGAGCCUCUGCCACUUCUCGAUUUUGCCUCGACGAAGAUACGACCAAAUCUUGAUGGCUGUGGUAACCACAAGAGCUUAGCAGAGGUGGACGGUACCGUCGUGCAUCGCAUCAACGGCAUUGCUCGAUCACUCGGCGUCACACUUGUGAACUUCUAUCUGGCCGCUGUCCAAUGUCUGGUCUCACGAUUGACAAGUGUGGAGCAGAUCUGUCUGGGCGUGACAGACUCCGGGCGGGACGCGGAGACUGUGGACACACCAGGUUUCUUCAUCAACAUGCUUCCUCUGCGACUCGGAAGGGACCACCCUCGAUCUUUCGAAGGAUUGGUAAAGGAAGUAAACAGCGCCUAUGGCGAAGCACGGAAGCAUUCAGAUGUUCCUUUCGACAGCAUCUUGGAAACUCUUGCGAUCGACCGGGACCCUACAUGCACGCCGAUCUUUCAAGUUGGCUUCGAUCUUCGCCCAGGGCAGACUUUCAACAUCCCUCUUGGAAAUUGUCAGCUGCGUGUCCGUGAUCUCAUUGACUCCACGCUGCCAUACGACAUUACCUUUUGUGUCACUCCGAUGCCCGAGUCUGGGCCGUCCUACGUACAAAUCAUCACUCGAGCGGACUUGUACUCGCAAGAGGCUACGGCGUUGAUGACAUCGAUGUAUGUGACUCUUCUGGAGAGUGCUGUACAAGCAUCCGCUGCCGAUGCGAUCGACGAACUCCGGAUACAUCCUCAAGCCGGGGUUCAGAGAGCACUAGACUUUGGUAGACCGAAACAUGUGGACUUCGCCGGAUGGCCAUCAACACUUACGGAGAGAUUCGAGCGCGUGUUUCGACAACACCCAAACAUGAUCGCCGUCAAGGAUAAUUCUGGCUCGUCGACAUAUGAACAAUUGUCCUCUGCUGCCAUGUCGCUGUCCUUCCACCUCAAAACUCAUCAAGGCUCUCGAAUCGCUGUCCUUUGCGAGCCGCAACGAGCGUGGAUUAUUAGCAUGCUCGCUGUUCUGAGAGUUGGUGGCACGUUUGUAUCACUGGAUGCAACCCUGCCUCCUGCACGACUCACGGCUAUGAUCAAAGCGUGCGAAUGCGACGUUCUUCUUUGUCAUAACAAGACCGAAGAUUUGGCAACUGAGAUCGUAUCAGAGACAUCAGUAGUUCAGGUCUUGUCCAUUGAUGAGACUCCGAUACUUGCCAGUGGGUCUACCAUGGAAAACCUUGAAGAUCCAAGCAGAGCAUCGCUUAUCCUGUGCACUAGUGGGACGACUGGUGUUCCAAAAGCGAUCUUGCUUUCGUCACAUGGCUUUCUCAACUAUCUUGCGCACCAGGCCCAUACUCACGGCAUGCAAGCAGGCGAAGUGAUCCUACAACAGAGCAGUCUUGGCUUUGAUAUGGCCAUCGCCCAGGCUCUGCUUGCUUUGACACAUGGCGCCACGCUAGUCAUCGCUCCGCAGCCGCUCAGGGGAGAUCCUGUGGCUAUUACGGAGCUGAUGGUCCAGGAGGACGUGAGUCUUACAUUUGCUUGUCCUACGGAGUACUUGAUGUGGCUGCGUUUGGGCCGUGAGAAUCUUUCUCGUCUCAGCAAGUGGCGGCUAGCUUACUCUGGCGGAGAGAAAGUCCCCGAAGCGCUUCGCAGAGAAAUGCGGCAAGUGUCUUGUCAACCGCUGCAUUACGAUGUGUAUGGCCCAACCGAGGCCACCAUCUGCGCGACUAUGGAACUUGACGAUGAAUUAGUAGAAGACCCCUUGGCAAAAAGCGCAACAUCAGUGGGCCGUCCGCUGGCCAAUGUCGGCAUUUUCGUCCUGGACUCUGAAGGUCACAUCUGCGCACCUGGUAUUCCUGGAGAAGUAUACAUCGCAGGCAGUGGGGUGGCCCUUGGUUAUGUGGACUCUAGCGCAACAUCCAGAUCAUUUGUAGAGACCUCGAUGAUCCAAGGGAUGGCUGGCACCAACAUUCCCGCUGGUAGAAUGUAUAAGACCGGAGACAAGGCUGUCUGGCGAGUGGACGGGACCCUCGGCUUUCUUGGUCGAAUAGAUGGGGACACAACCAUCAAGAUACGUGGUUUGAGGACCGACUUGACCGAUGUGGAAAACACGAUCUUGUGUGAAGCGUCGCAUCUGAUAUCGGAUGUGAUCGUUACUCCCUGGCGGCAUAAUGACGAUGUACACCUAGUCGCCCACGUCGUACUCCACGACUCAGGCAAGACAAGACAGCAUUGUGAUGAAAACCAGACCGCGCAAGAUCACCUCAACGAAGCGUCGCUCGAAGACUUCAUGCAGGGACUCCCUUCACCACAGCACAUGAAGCCCACUCGAGUCGUCGUCCAUGAGAGAUUGCCGAUGAACGCCAAUGGCAAAGUGAAUCGCCGUUUGCUAGGGGGUACUCCACUGCCUGAAAGAAGCGCCAUGGUCCAUCAAGUGGAGGACGGCGGCAUGACCACGCUCGAGCAGCUUGAGCUACACAUCAUAUGGCAGCGCAUCCUCGAUCGUGCCGACAUUCCGAGAAGCUCAAAUGUUGACUUCUGGGCAAUGGGAGGCUCGUCUCUGGAUCUGGCUAGAUUGCAGGCGGCUAUUGCCACAGAUAUGCAGGUCAAAUUGUCCAUUCGAGACAUGUUCAAGCAUAGCACUCUUGGGGAGAUGGCCGACUUGCUAUCCAAACGCACUGCAGAAUCUUUUACUCGUGUAGCAAUAGACUGGGAUCGGGAGACUAGACUUCCAGCGGAUCUCAAGAAUGCUCUGGUAGCACCCAACGCCGCGGAUCGCACGGCUGUGACAUCGUGUGACGAAGUCCUGCUAACAGGUGCUGACACCUUCUUGGGUGGGCAUAUCCUUCGAGCUAUGCUCCGCAAUGAUCAUGUUCGAAAGGUCCACUGCCUCGCAGUAGCCUCGCCGAGCAAACUCCCUGCCGGUCUCGAUGCGGCGCGUAUCGUUAUUCAUGAGGGCAGCACUCUUCAUCUUCCAAACUUCGGUCUAGAUGAUGAGAUCGUCGCGAACAUCACCAGAAGUGUCGACCGCAUCAUAAUAGCUGGCGGCCACGGUCAUUGUUUGCACAGCUACGCCUCUCUUCGCCAAUCCAAUGUGGCGAGUCUCAAGUUUCUGGCAGCUUGCGCGAUUCGCCGCCGCACCCCACUGCACUUCAUAUCCUCUGGUCGAGUCACACUUCUUGCGAAGGACUCAGAAGCCGCAUUGCCACCUGUUAGCUUGAGAAAGCAUCAGCCCCACAGCGAUGGAGCUGAGGGCCUCACAGCGGCCAAAUGGGUUGGCGAAGUGUUCUUGGAGCGUCUGUUCAAGGAAGCUGCCAAAUCUGGGCUUGAUUUACCCAUCACCAUCCACCGACCUUGCGCAUUGAUCGGUGACGAAGCUCCCUUGGAAGAUGCUCUCAACUCGAUCCUGAGAUUCUCAGCACUCAUGAGCACUGUGCCGCAGAUCUCCAGGCUACCCAUUUCCGGAUACUUCGACUUUGCACCCAUUGAAGCCGUCGCGCAAGAUAUCGCCAACAUGACAAGCGAUGUAGAGCAGCCACCAUACCUUCGCUUCCGCCAUCAUAGUGGAGGUGUCAAGAUACAGCCAAAUGACCUCAAAGGGCAUUUUGAGAAGAUGUAUGGCAGAGACUUCGCCGAGAUCGAGCUGGAAGAAUGGGUCGCUAACGCCCAAAAGUUGGGAAUGGAGCCGAUCAUUGGGGUCUAUCUGCGCGCUGUCUUCGCGAAUGGACAGGAGAUUAAGUUCCCAUUCAUGGGAGAGCCGAGCCCUUAG